AUGCAACCACCGUCGAACCACAUCUCCUAUGUGUUUCUAGAUUAUUCAACAACUAAUUCUUAUGACCAUCAUCCUUAUUUCUUCCUAGCUAAUUACAAAGGACUUGAUUCCAAGAAUCACGAGGGGGCCAAGCAUUUAUUUUCUUCCCUGCUCCAUUGUUGUUAUCUUGAAGCAUACAGACAAUUAACAAUACUUGAAGAUCCUGAAAUUCUAGCCAGAGAGACAGUGUUUAGUGUAAGCGAAAUAGAAGCACUUUAUGAGUUAUUUAAGAAUAUUAGAAGUCGUGUGAUUGAUGAUGGAUUACUCAAUAAGGAAGAGGUCUAAUUGGCAUUAUUUAAGACAAAUAAAAAGGAAAGUAUGUUUGUUGAUCGGGUGUUUGACGUAUUUGAAACAAAGCAUAAUGGAAUCCUUGGUUUUGACGAGUUUGCUAAUACACUAUCAGUAUUUCAUUUUACGUUUCACAGUAGGAAAGUUAGAUAAAUGGAGAUAAAGGUACCACGGGUGGAGGUGUUUCUGGUGGCAGCAUCACCCUCAAGGCUUAUGACUAGAAGUGGUAACAGAAGUGAUUGUUUUGUUUUUAGGAAACUCAUCAUCAAUGGUGGUUAUAGUUUAAGUUUUCCUUCAAAUACAACCGUUGUAGGCACUUUUAAAGAUGCUCUAACAUGUAGCCUUACAGUUGAUAAGUUUAUCAUGACAACCGAAACAAAAACACUUAUGCAACGUUUUUAGAUGCAACCACUGCACAUUCAAGGUAAGAAACGAUUUUUAGCCCUAAACAUCACUCUUGAUCUUGAUUUUAGGCCUAAACGUCACUCUAGAUCCUGAUGUUUUGCAGAUCAGAGAUACCAUAAGAUUUCAAGCCCAAAAUCUCAACAAUGAUUUUGAUAUUUGUUUUAGUUUCAAAUUCAUGGUCAUUUCAGAUGAACACAUUCAAAAACCAUAUUUGUUAGUUUUCCCAGAUCUGUAACUGAUUAACAAUUGAUGUAUGUUAGUUUUUAAUAAAC